UGGAAUGUUUAGUUUCUAUAUGGCGAAGAUAAAUGCUGCAUGAGUGUGCAUGGUCCAGGUUUCGAACCUCACCGAUGCGUGCAUAUCUUUUGCCAACCAGAAAGCCCGCAAUUUAUUUGGCCAUUUUUAAAAAGGGUUGGGAUUGAGCUUGAAUACGGCAUAGAUGUACCUGUGUCAAAUAACCGUAUAAUCUGUAUCAAUCGGAGCCAUUAUUUCCUUCGAUCCGGCAGAUAUACUACAGAUUUCUUAAUCAUCGUUUGCAAUUGCAAGGAUCCUUUAAACCCUAGCAAAAAAAAGAGAUUCCUUUGUAGCUUAGCCUAAAGGCUUGAAAUUAGCUUUAUUUUGGCUGUCGAUUUUAUUGCUUAUGAUGGUAGCAUCAUCAUUUCAGAUGCUCGAGGUUUUGACUUUUUGGCCUGAAAUUUCAUCUACAAUGUCGAAAUGAUGACCUCUGUUAAAAAAUUAAGAAAGUAGAUACAUCUGUAAGAAAGCGGCCACGAGCUUCAAUCAUUUCUUCCAUAGUCCUGUAGCGCUUUGUCAUAAAAGUAUUAUGAGCUUCCUAAACCGUCCUGCCUUUCUUUAAGCUUCUCGAUCUUCCAUUUUUUUCUGUUUAAAUUCUCUGAAUUAUGAUGAAUUUUUUGAUAAGAUGAGAAAAAUAGGGCAAUGUAUGCCUUUGUGUGCUUCCUUCGGAUUAACUGAGGGGGUGAGAAUACUUCAUCUUCAUGUUCAUCUGUAAUAUUGAUUCUUUACCAUGAAUUUCAUCUUACAUUUUUUCUUUGUCUUUUCGUGAAGACUUUUUGCACCAAGAUAGUAUAAAAUCACUACAUGCCAUUAAAAUUAUACGUCAUUAAGCUAAACCAUAGAAGUACACGCUAUAAAUAUAUGGAACCUGUAUGUAGGUUGUUAACCUGUUAUAGACACAGAUUCAGUUCAGAUCUACUUAGCUGGGAAGAAAAUAAGAACAAUUUAUAUGGUUGUUGAGAUCCAUUUAACAUUUGUCCUGCCUGAAACGGAGAGGAAUUAGCAACACCAAGCUACAUUAAUUUGCUUCUAAGUUAUUCGUUAUUAAAUUCCCCAUUGCUGAACACCAUCCAAUUUUGUCUUUCCACAAUUCAAUGCCUGCUCAUUCUGGCGAAAACCGCUAGUGGUUUUGAGUCACGUCUUGUGACAUAUCUCAGUAGUUAAGGCUUUCGUUCCCUAUAAUACUCUUAACUAGUUAUUUUCAAGACGCCUGAGAUCCUUUAGUAUAAUAAUUUAUUAUAGAAUUCUUUUUCCGGUGUUCAGAAGUUUUUUUGGGUGUGCAGAGACAAUAAUUUAUUACCAUAAUUAUAUUACUAUUUUUGAGAUAUGACCACUGGCAAUUUGAGGAAAAGAGUGUGGCAUGGGGGAGGAAAAUUUGAGCGGCUUGAUUCAUCAGAUGACUCUGAUGGCAUAAAUGAAUCCCUUCUCAACCACAACCACAAAUUAGCUGACAGCUCUGGAAGGUGCUUAGAUGUUGACGACGAUGAAAGAUACUGGCGAGAAAGAGAAAGAAAUGCAGAACUGGCAUGGACCCGGAAUUUCUCUCACUUGUUAACACAAUGGGGUCAAUGUUUCACAACUGUUGUGAUUGGCUCAGGAUCAUGGCUGGGAGCGUUUCUUCACCGUUCUUUGGGCAAACGUCAAGGGAGUGAUGAAAAGGUCCCUGUUUACGAUCUUAGUCCUCUACAGGAAGAGCGAUUACGAAAGCUUCAAAUGCGAUUGCAAGUUCCCUUUGAUGGUACUUGCUUUGAACAUCAAGAAGCUCUCAAAGCCCUAUGGCGAGCAGCAUUUCCUGAUGUGGAACUAGGGGGACUCAUCUCAGAGCAGUGGAAAGAUAUGGGAUGGCAAGGUUCAAAUCCAUCAACAGAUUUUAGGGGUGGCGGAUUUGUUUCACUUGAGAACUUGCUCUUUUUUGCCAAAACAUUUCCAAAAUCAUUCUGUAGGCUAUUGUUGAAACAAGAAGGGAAACGAGCCACCUGGGAGUAUCCUUUUGCUAUUGCAGGCAUCAACAUUUCUUUUAUGUUAAUACAGAUGCUGGAUCUAUACUCAGUUAAACCAAAGACUCUAGCUGGGAUAAACUUUUUGAAGAUCCUUGCAGAAGAGGAGAUGGCUUUUGAUUUACUUUAUUGUGUAGCAUUCGAGAUGAUUGAUGCUCAAUGGCUUGCUAUGUGUGCUUCAUACAUGGAAUUUAAUGAGGUUCUGAAAGCUGCACGGAGACAACUAGAACGAGAACUCUCUUUAGAUGAUAUUAAUCAAAUUCAAGAUCUGCCAGCAUACAAUCUCUUGUAUCAGUAGCACAUUCCAUUUUUUUUUUGUCAAUGAUAUAUAAGAAACUUGUUAGAAUAGAGUAAUGACUUCACUUAUGUUUGUGGAUGUUUUGCUCACCAUCUUGUAUUUAGAUUUAAAUUCAACCUAGUCCAAGAUGAUUAGGAUUACUUCUUACCUCAAUGUUUCUGUCAGAACCUUAUAUAGGUUUAGGGCAUGUAUAUCAUGUGAUUGAUUUCAUAAAAUGUAGAACUUACCAUAUUUGUUAUCUGUUUCUAUCAUGUAAUAUUUAAUGAUUGUACAUAAAUUCUUCUCCUUUUUAAGGAGGAUAGUCUGACAUUCUAGUCUUGUUCCGAUUGCAAAUUCUUUCUAUUUUGAAUUCA